AUGGAGAACCAGACUGGAGACGCUCUUGCCAAUCAAUACAAGGAAUGGGAUGAUGAGGAUCUUGCUGUCAUCUUCACCGAUGAAGUUCUAGAGUGUCAGGGAGGGUCUCGGUUGCGUCUAGUCGGUAAACUGUUUUCUGAAAGGGAGAUCAACAAAAAGUCAAUCUCAGGUAUGAUCAAUGGGGCAUGGUCCCAUUUCUGCGAGCCGGUGGUUCGGGACUUGCUGAGGUCCAGAAACUUGUUCAUCUUCGUUUUUGACACCCCAGAGGAGAAGGAGAAGGCGUGGGCAGGCAGGCCAUGGCAAGUGUCGGGAUGCAUGCUGCAACUGAAGCAGUAUGAAGAAAAAAUAAGACCCAGGAGCUCAAUUUUGACUUGGCGGAUUUCUGGGUCCAUGUUCAUGGGAUUCCAGAUCAUAGAAGAACCAUCAACAAUAUUGAAUCUGCAGUGGCUAUGUUCAAAUCAAUCCACUCCAUUGACAUGA